CCGGUCACCCGGGGACAAACUUUACUUGCAAUCCGUACCGCUUUCUUAUUAACAUUAGCUUGCAUGGCUGGUUGUUUCGUGUCGUGUGAACAACCUGGUAACAGUGUGAUGUUUCUUUUGCAGGCCUUUCAGAGACUGUUGAAGUGUGGUUGCCGGGUUACAAAGUUUUGCUUUUGUUCGUUCGGCAGUGCAUUCAUGAAGCCCAGCAAAUGGUUGCACAAUAAGCCGUGGCUAGACAAACUUGCUGGACAGUGCAGUUGUGCGCAUCGGAACAACCAUUUUACAGUACAGGGUACUUUUACUCGGGAUUCUAUUCAUCUGUUCAACAGCCGGUGCAUGCCUGAUUCACAGACGGUGUAUGGCAAAAUACCUAAGCCAGGGGAGGCAGUAAGUAGAUUCUCAGCUGCAUACCCAGUGCCCCUGUGUCAGGUGAUGGCUGCAGGAAGUUCUGCAGCUCAUGCUGCAGGUGCGAUCCCGUCCGGACGGGACUGUUGCCUUGACCAUAGCCAUCGGCCCGUUGAGACCGCAGAUCAAGGGAUGCUGCGGAGUUGGUUUGAAGAUCCCGAGUGGGUGGAGGACAUCUGUGAAAGUUUGGAAUUCCGCGAACUUUACAGAUUUCGAUUCAAACGGAGCGGUCACAUCAAUUGCCUUGAAUGCAGAGUAUACAAGAGUUUUUUGAAGUUCUGCAGCAAAGCUCAUCCUAGAAGCCGUGUGGUAAGUUUUCUAGAUAGUCGUGUGACUACGGGAGCAGCCGCAAAGGGCAGGAGCUCUUCCAAAGCCCUCAGCAGAAUACUUCGCACUACUCUUGCUUAUGUGCUUGGUGGCUGUCUGUAUUCAGGUACAUUGCAUUGUCGGUCGGCAUGGAACCGUGCUGACGGCCCAUCACGUGAUCGGGACGUCCCAGGUCCUUCAAGGGAUGUCCCCAAGUGGCUGGAAGACCUUGAGUCUGGAAGUUUCCGGGCUUUUGAUGAGAUGGUCAGCCUGGCCCAGUGGUCACGCCCUGUUGGUCGGUGGAUCCGCUUGCUCCUCUUGGUGGCUGGCGAUGUUGAAAGGCGCCCCGGCCCUAGUACUCACCACUACACGCCGAGAGGCGAGUUGAACUUGAUGGGCGGGUUUGCAACAGCGACCUCAACACGCAUGGUGCGUUGUUUGGAGUUGUUCAGAGUGUGGUGUGUUGAGAAAGCUGGCGUGCCGUUCGAAGUUGUUUGCAGUUCAGCAGAGCAUGCGAAUCACGCCUUGAGGGCCUACGGACUGGAGCUUUUCAGGGAAGGCAGACCUAGAUAUCAACUGGUGUACGCCAUCACGGCGAUGCAGCAUUCUUUCCCCGAGUUUCGUCGUUCUUUGACUGGAGCAUGGCAAGUCGACCUGAAAUGGCAGUUUGCUGAACCGGGCCAGUGCAGAGCGGUGCUCUCUGCCCCAAUUCUGCGGGCCGUCUUGACAGUCGCGUUGCUCUGGAAUUGGUACGCGUUUGCCGGAAUCGUGGCUCUCGGUUUCGGAGGAAUGUUGCAUCCGGCUGAGUUCCUGGCUUUGACCAGAAAAGACUUAGUCUUCCCUGAGGACGCUUUGUUCCAGCAGAAGUCCAUGUACGUGUUCGUGAAGAACCCCAAAACAGCUCGUUUCGCAAGGCGACAACACGCUCGGAUUGAUGACGAGAGUUUGAUCUUCCUGGCGCGUUGUAUCUUCGGUCCUUUACCACUUGACAUGCGAUUGUUUGGAGCCUCACCAGCUGUAUUCAGACGACAGUGGAACUGUCUCUUCGAUCAUCUUGGAAUCCCCCGUCGCCAAGCCGCUCGUGGAGCGACACCGGGGGUGCUGAGGGGGAGCGGUGCCACUCACGAGUACUUGCAGACUUCAGACAUUGCGCAGAUUCAGUGGAAAGGACGUUGGAGUCGCCUUCGGACGCUGGAAUAUUACAUCCAGGAGGUUGCUGCUCAGCUGUUCAUGUUUGAGCUCCCGGUGGAAACUCGUCAUCGCAUUACGAUGCUUGAAUCACAGUUGAGCGUUGUUCUUGAGCACUUGUUUUCAUUUGAGCUAAAAUUGUUUGCGCAGCAGUAUUCUGGAAAUGGAAAGCAAUAG